AUGAAGCCUGCCUGGGCUACGGCCGUGGAGCAGGCAUUGAAGAAAGAUGCUCCGGCAUUGGAGAGAUGGACGGAGAUCGAAACUAUCCUGCAGGAGAGCAGGAAGUGCUACAGGCAGGUGCUGCGGCCGGGUCAAGUCCUGGUGCACCCGUCGAAUCGCUCAGGGUUAGGAUUGAAUGGAGCCCAAGUUCACAAGACAGGGGCCCAAGUGCAAUCUGUAGGCUUCAGCUCCAUGGAGCUGAAGCGAAGUGUUUGCAUGGAAAUAUCCACGGAUAGAGCUCUGAGCCAAAAGGCCUUUAGUUUCAACAAGCGGCAAGUGGAUAUGAAUGGAGGGCUGCUAGCUGAGGUGCGAGGCGAUGAGCGAUACAUGUCGUUAGCAUGCAGUCACUUUACGGCAUUUUGCCGUGCCUGCAUUGCAGCAUGUCCCUCGGACCAAGAGACGGUGUCGGACAACGGCAAGCUCACGUUGCAGCGAUUGUCUACGGACUUUCGGCAGGCCGUGGAUAAUGGAUGGGAGUGGCUGGUGCUGUCAGCGGAAGUUGAUGCAGUACUGCCCUCGCUGGCCUCCUUCGUUCAGGAAGUCAUGAAUGCAGCCCAAGGAGUUGCAAGAACGGCAGGCGAGCUGGAGCUCGCCAUGGCGAUGGUGACCCGAGCAAAGUUGCUGGCAGAGCAAGGUUUGUGCAUCGACUGGGAUGUUGUGCAAGCUGAUGUAGCAGCCACGGUGCCGGAUGCCUCGCCACAGACCGUGGCCGCUUGCGGGUUGUUCUGCAGAUUCUAUGCAGGAGGAACCGAAGCACCUCUGCUGAAGUUUUUGCACGACUUUUCCUUGAAAUAUGGGGCAAGCAAAAGAUUGGGAGAGGAAUUCAUGUCCACGGUCGCCGGCCUCCGGUUUGCAGGGCAGGAGCGAUCGCAUGCUUUCGCAAGGGCUGCGAUGAUCGCGACGAACCUGACAGCCACAAAAGUGGUAGACGGUGUGGCUCGGCUGCUGAGCAAGAGCGAUGUCAGCAGGCUCUGUGCGAAAGGCAUGGAAGAUGCUGUAAAGGAUUGGGAGGAGCUUCUUGCUCGUGCCUGGGCUCACACUCAGAAUGUGACGGAUGCAAGUGCACGUGCCAAGGCAGUUGAGUGCUUCGGUCGCCUGAUGGUUCGCAGCACCCUCUUCAUGUGCAAGAAAGAGAAGUCGGGGCAAGAAGGCCUUGAGCACGGGUCAUUGGCCAAUUUGCUGACUUUGUACGAACACGAGAUGGGUGGCAAGAGUGCCGGUGCAACACCGGCUGCUGCUACAAAAGAUGGGCCGUCUGAUGCGGCCCCUGCGACCUUGGAGAACAUGCAGGACCCGGCCUUCCUGAUGAAGCUGCAAGGCUUCGCAGUGGGGAACCUGUACAUUGGCAAGCAGAAGUAUCAGGACAUCUGUCCUUGGAAGCUGGAGAAAAUCGGCCAGUGCCACGGCUCUUUCUCGCUGUCUUGCCCAGUGAGCUGGGACAAGAAGGUCGAGGUGCCUCUGAGCGAGCUCAAGAAAUUUUUCGAUCUGUAUAGCGGAGAUGCACGAGACUUCUUCGAGCUCUGCUGCGAGUAUUUCCUGAAGUACUCGCACUGUGAAGAGGAGUUGACCUUUUUGAAGACUCCCACGUGCUGUCUGUUGGAGGGCAAAGCCAAGACAGGCAAGCUGACGAUCUUCCCCUUCACGGAUCAGAUUUCAAAGGUUGGCUUAAAGCCGGCAGCUGGCAGUGUGGAGGUUUGGCAUUCGGCCUCGGGCACAAGCUUGUAUAUUUCACCCCCGGCUGCAGCCGGAAGUUUGCUAUCUGCCUUCUGGCAGAUCCCGGUCGGCUCAGAGCCGAAUCUGGCGACAGUCCUUCUGAACGAGAAGGGCUGGAAGAUUCCCAUUUUGAAGAACACUGCUUCGCUGAAGGAGUGCAUCCUGUACAGGCCGAAGCCUGCCGAAAGUUUGAGGGCCUCGGCCCAAGAGCUGGAUCAAGGAUCCGCUGCCUCGCGAAAGCGAAAGGCUUCUUGA